AAUGGUUGAUUCAUUGCUAGCUGCAUAUGGUUCUUCUCAAAAUUGCCAAUUGUCUUUUGUGGAUACGGACGAGGAAUUUCAGGCUGGUGUUGUGACUCAACAAGAUGCUUCGCAAAAUGAUUUUGCUACACAGUUGUCUGUUGCAUCGCAAGAUGAUGGAGUGUCUAGAGGAGUUCCAUCAACGACAGUUUUAUCGGAAUCGCAGACUGAACCUGAUUUAAACUUUCAAGAUGACGAUGAAUUUGGCGAUUAUAUUCCUCCGCAUGCUUGCAAAUAUUGCGGCUUGUCAGACCCAUCUUCUGUUGGACAAUGUACUGUCUGUGGCAAAUGGUUUUGUAAUGGUAAAGGUAAUACAGCUGGUAGUCAUAUUAUAAACCAUUUGGUUCGUGCACAACAUAAAGAAGUUUCUCUUCACAAGGACGGUCCUCUUGGUGAAACUCAGCUAGAAUGUUAUCAUUGUGGUUCAAGGAAUGUUUUUCUUCUUGGUUUUAUUCCUUCAAAGACUGAUUCAGUGGUUGUAAUACUUUGUCGUCAACCUUGUGCCCAACAGAAUACUCUUAAAAAUGCUAAUUGGAGUGCUGAAGAUUGGAAGCCUUUAAUUCAUGAACGUCAGGUUCUUUCCUGGCUCAUUAAAAUACCUUCACAGCAAGAACAACUUCGCGCUCGUCAAAUAACUGCAGCACUCAUUAAUCGUCUUGAAGAAUUAUGGAAAGAUAAUCCUGAAGCUACUGUUGAUGAUUUGGAACGUCCAGGAAAAUAUACUAGUGAGGCCGAACAUGUUUUGUUGCGAUAUGAUGAUGCUUCAGUGUAUAAGCGUAUCUUUAAUCCACUAAUAUCAAUGGAAGCGGAAUAUGACAAGAAAAUUAAAGAAUCGAUUAGUUGUCCUGUUGGUCAAGUUAAAUGGGAGGUUAAAUCAGCAACCAAGGUGCAUGCAACUUUUCAAUUGCCUGGAUUUCGUGAUGGAAAUAUGAAAUUAAUGAUUGGAGAUGAUCUGCGUUUAAAACAUUACCAAACAUUAGAUGGAAGUGAAUGGAAUUGUAUGGGACGGCUCAUUAAAAUUCCAGACAAUCAUAAUGAAGACUUUUCUUUGGAAAUGUUUGCAAGUAGCAAUAAAAUUCCUACUGAUAGACGUACAAAUUUUAUAUGUGAAUAUGUUUGGAAUUCUACAUCUUUUGACAGAAUGUUUGCUGCGCUUGGACGUUUGGAAUCUAAAGAAAAUUGUGUUUCACAAUAUAUUUAUCAUAAAUUAAUGGGGCAUGAUGUUGAUGAUAUUUUGUUUAAGCUGGUUAUGCCUAAGAAAUUUUCGGCUCCUGGACUUCCUGAAUUAAACCACAGUCAAAUUUCUGCAAUUAAAGCUGCUUUACAACGUCCACUUUCAUUAAUUCAGGGUCCUCCAGGAACAGGUAAAACUGUUACAUCAGCCACGCUUGUUUAUCAUCUUGUAAAACAAACAAGCGGUCAAGUUCUUGUUUGUGCACCUUCAAAUAUUGCUGUAGAUCAAUUAGCUGAAAAAAUUCAUAAAACUGGCUUGAAGGUUAUCCGUUUUUGUGCAAAAGGACGUGAAACUGUUGAUAGUUCUGUCGCUUUUUUGGCAUUACAUAAUCAACUUAAAGCGCUUCAAUCGGGAGAACUUUUUAAAUUAAUGAAAUUAAAAGAAGAAAUUGGAGAACUCUCACAGGCUGAUCAAAAUCGUUUCAUGUCGCUUAGACGUCAAAGAGAGAAUGAAUUGUUAUCUAAAGCAGAUGUAAUUUGUUCAACCUGUAUUACUUCUGCAGAUAUUCGUUUGGCUAAAAAAGAAUUUCGUUGUGUUCUAAUUGAUGAAAGCACACAAGCUACUGAACCUGAAGUAAUGGUUUCUGUUGUAAAAGGUGCUCGUCAGCUUGUAUUAGUUGGUGACCAUUGUCAACUAGGCCCAGUAAUUAUGUGCAAAAAAUCGGCAAAUUCUGGUCUUGGUCAAUCUCUUUUUGAACGUCUUGUGAUCCUUGGAAACCGACCUUUACGAUUGCAAGUUCAAUAUAGAAUGCAUCCUGUUUUGUCAUCCUUUCCUAGCAAUGUAUUUUAUGAAGGUUCUUUGCAAAAUGGAGUUGCCGAAAUGGAACGAAAACUUGACAACUUUUCUUGGCAAUUCCCUAAUCCGGAUAAACCAAUGAUGUUUUGGAAUUGCAAUGGACAGGAAGUAAAUAUCUUAAAUUUUAAAGAAAUGGAAAACAUUAUUUCAAUUUAUAGGAACUUGGCUCUUCCGGAACUUCAUAUUUGA